AUGCAUACGAGCAUGCAGUCAGGUUUUCUGCCAGAUGACGGCCUUGAAGCGCUCUCCAACAUGUCCUUGAAGAUCCUCCAAGACCUCAACAAGCCUUUUCAGAUACAUGCCCCGCUCUUCGUCGCUUUUGUGGUGGCAGCACUGCUCUUUUAUUCCCUGUCCACCAUCCUGUGCAAGGACGGCAGCAUGUGCCGAAGUCGCCCGUGGGUGACUCGCUGGACCACCGCAGUUGGCGGUCCGCUUCAUCUCCUCGGUCGCUUGGAAGAGCCGGAGGUGCGGAAAAUGUGCCAGCCAAUACGACUCCAGCUGUUGCUGCGAGGGCUGCUGCUCAGCGCCAUUUUGGGUGUCUUCCUGGCACCUUCCGACCAACUCGAUGCCAACGUGUCCACUGCCUUGGUCUUCAACAUCGUGAUGGGCCGGCUGCCAUGGUUCCUCGCCUGGUUCGCCUUGUCUGCGCUUCACAUCUUCUCUGGGACGCUGGCCAUCGACGGCAUUGAAAAGAACCAAUUGUUCCGGGAUAAGAAGCAGAAGCUCAAGGACAUGGAAGCCGCCUAUGGGGCCACGGCCCAGGCCAAGGGACCCGACUCCAGCCCCCAGUUCCCAGAAAGGCCACCAAACCUCGUUCCCAGCGCUGCCGCAUCUGCCAUGCCACCCGGUCUGCCGGUGCCGACAAGUGUCAGCUCGUCCACCGUGCCACCCGGCCUUCCACAAUUCUGA